AUGAAUUCAUUGAACCAAUCCUAUCCCCAGCGCCCACUCAAAGUUGCUAUCAUUGGUGGCGGGCCAGGCGGCCUAAGUGCGGCGAUUGAAUUCCAGAAGCUGAGCUUCGUGCGCUGGACGCUUUACGAGAAGAAGCCUGCCAUCAGCGAAACGGGGGCCGGCGUGAGCCUUCAGCGGAAUACCUGGAGACUCUUGGAGUUUAAUGGCGUUGCUAAACACUUCUCCGAGGAGGACUUCUUCAGAUGUCAGGAUGGCUCCAACAAGCACAUUCGCAACGGACGCAAUGGAGAGUUGAUGGAUAUAAUUAGCCACGCCGAAAACACAAUUCCUCAGCACCGAACCUGUCGCAUGAUGCGCAGUAAACUGCAAGCGGCGCUGCUAAAGGAGGUUGACAAAUCGAAGAUAAUGACGUCCAAGUGUUUGGUGUCCGUUGGUUUUGUGGCCGGUGGCAGAUGCAGGUUGGCGUUCAAAGAUGGCUUCUUCGAUGAAGUUGAUCUUCUCGUUGGGGCAGAUGGAAUCAGAUCAAUUGUGAGAUCUGUUGUGUCGCCUUCGCACCACCUCGGAUACAACGGGCACUUCACCUAUCGUAUGACGAUUUCCCAAAAAGACGCAAAGGAGAUUCAUGGCCUUCCAUGGGCACCUACCUUCUGGCUCGGUAACGUUGGCCACUACGCGUUUACCUGCCCUCUUGGUGGCGAUGACUUCGAGGUCACACUUCGCAUCCCACGACCCCCUGAAAAGGAGGAAUUCGUUAGCUGGGGACGUCCAUGCGACCUGGCCCCAAUUGCUGAAGACUUCAACCUAUUUUGCGAUCCAGUAAGGCAUGCUAUCCGUCUCAGCAUCCACGCCCAGUGUCAAGAAUUUGCUCUAUUCACUGGGAGUAGGCUCGAACGGAUUGUUGCCCACGAUGCGGUAGCGUUGAUUGGUGACGCGUCCCAUCCAUUGUCUGGGGCAUUAGGUGCAGGCGCAGGCUUCGCCUUGGAAGACGUAUACGCUCUCGCAAGGUGCUUAAACUGGGCAUGGAAGCAUAAAUGGUCUCUCGGCGUUGCGUUGGAAUAUUAUGAUCGCAUCAGAUCGCCCCAUUAUCGUGAUAUCUAUCGAGUUCUGGGCAGAGUCAAUGAGACUGAAGCUGCUGUAGCAGCCGAGGACCUCGAUAUAGACGCGGAAGUCAAAGAACGAGUCAGAAGGACUGACGAAGCCAGAGCUAACUGGGUAUACUACUAUGAAGUAGACAAAGUAGUCGCACGUACUUUGAAGGACCCUGAGUUCAUAGUUGACGCAAGGCUUUAG